AUGUCUGCAGCGAAAAGAAGUCAUUCUGUGAAUUUCACUUCAAUUCAACUUUUACCAAUUGAGGAAGACUUUAAAAACAAAUCAAUUAUAAAAUGUAAAACAACAAACAAACUAAAUUGGAAUGAAAAGAUUUUACCGACAACAAAUUUUCAUGCCAGUACAUUGGAUGAGUUUGACAACAUAAAGAGCAAGGCAAGACAGAAAGUUGCAAAGUUAAGAUGCUAUCAAGGAGGGACUGGUGGUGGCCCAUAUACCAGUAUUAUUUUAGACACUAGUAGAAAUGCUGUACUAGAUUUGUUGAAUCUAAAGACUGUAAUGGAGCUGGAUGCAGAAUCUGGUUCUGAUUCCAUUGAAACAAGUAAAGAUAUGCAAAGUUAUGUUGGAGACCCAAUUUUUAAAAUGGAUGUCAAUAACAUACUAAUUGUUGAAAAAUCCUUAACAACAUCAAAAGAUGAAUAA